AUCCCAACAUCAAACACCCUCAGACCCAAAUAGCUCCUGGAUUACCGCAAAAAUGCCCGUCGGAAUCAAGACCCCGUCGAACCAAAUCAAACUGACAAACGUUUCGUUGGUGCGACUCAAGAAGGGCAAGAAGCGCUUCGAAAUCGCCUGCUACAAGAACAAAGUGCUCGAAUGGCGCAACGGCAUCGAGAAGAACCUCGAUGAGGUCCUACAAAUCCCCAACGUCUUCGUGAACGUGUCGAAGGGCGAGACGGCGAAGAAGGAAGACCUGGCAAAGGCGUUCGGGAAAGACGUGAAGCAGGAUGACAUUAUCUUGGAGAUUCUGAACAAGGGCGAGCUGCAGGUUGGCGAGAAGGAGCGUGCGGCGCAGCUGGAGCGUGUACACAACGAGAUUGUUGAUAUUGUGGCGGGGAAGCUGGUCGACCCGAAGACAAAGAAGGUGUAUACUACUGGGAUGAUCGAGAAGGCACUGGAUAUGGUCAGCGCUGCUGGAUCGCAGGAGAGGCAAGAGAAGAAUGCUGCCGGAGCAGAGGCCCCUGCUGAGGGAGAGGAGAAGAAGCACCUGCCGACGUGGACUGGAGUCAAUGCUACGAAGAGCGCAAAGAGUCAGGCCCUGGAGGCUAUUAAGGCACUGGUGGCGAGGCAGCCCAUACCUGUUGAGAGGGCCAGGAUGAGCCUACGGAUUACAUGCCCGAUGAAGGAGCUUAAGAAUACGUUGAAGGGCCAGAAGGUUGGUGGAGAGGACGGAGAGAGGAAGAUGACCGUUAAGGAUAAGAUUCUGGAACUGGUCGAGCAGAUCGAGAGACAAGAAGUCACCGGGAGUGAGUGGGAGCUUGUCGGUUUCGUAGAGCCAGGAGCAUACAAGCUCCUGGGUGAUCUCAUUGGAAGCGAGACGAAGGGUGCUGGCAGGAUCGAGGUUUUGGAUAUGGCAGUUAAACAUGAAGAUUGAAGUGCUGCUGGAGCGAGUAGUCGAGAGGAAGGUGCGGGAUACGGUUCAACCGUCCCAUGGCUUCGAUGCGAUGUAUUCACGGAGGCUGAGCGACUGUCGUAUUCUGAAAGUGGCCACGGAUGGGAGACCCAGGCAGGAGAGUCUGGGCAAGCCCCAGGAAUCCCUCCCGAAACAACUCGUAUGGAGGGAGAGGUCUAUAUAGUUAAGCGGAAGACAGAAUCCGAACAAGAUAUCCCCCGUACUGUAUUUCGUUCGCAUGGCUGCAAACAUCAUUGUCCUCAUGCCCGCUAACAAGUCUGAGGAGCGACUAGGGGUGACAUCAGUGAUUACAGCAACUGUAGUUAAAAUAAAGGCUUGCAAUUACUUAGGGCUAUGAUUAUCAUAUUAGUUACUCAGAGAUACAGACAAAGAG